CACACAUCACUUCCUGUCUGGACUCCACUCUUCUUCUUCUCUUGUUCUCCCGGGGUCGCUUUUCUUCCUCUUCCGGUUCUCAUCUGUUCGUGCAGCAGAUAAACCAGUGUCGAAAUGGCCAAGUCCAAGAAUCACACGACCCACAACCAGUCUCGCAAAGCCCACAGGAAUGGCAUCAAAAAGCCCACAUCUCAGCGUUACGAGUCACUGAAGGGGGUCGACCCAAAGUUCCUGAGGAACAUGCGCUUUGCUAAGAAGCACAACAAGAAGGGCAUGAAGGCGGCGCAGAAGGCUCAAGUGGCAAAGGCAGCUGCAGUUGCAGCGCCUUGAGCGAAAUAGGCUGCCCUCCGGUCAUCUUCAUGUCUGUCUGCGUUCCAUAGACUGUGUUUCCACCAUCACAAUAAAGCUAUGCUUUGUUAACAAACCAA